CGUUGUGUUUGCACUCGGACAACCAAAUAAAUGAACAUGGGUCGAUUUAUCAUAUGUUUUAUUGUCCUCAAUUUAUUUUGCAUCAACAAAGUUAGCUUAGUCCUCGGAGAUAUUGGCACAGCUACUUCAUACAGUCCCCCUUAUACCCCCACCAAAUGUAGCGGCAACAGGUCAGAUCAGUUCCCGUCGGGCAAUCUGUUUGUGGCAGUGAGCGAAGGGCUGUGGGAUAACGGGGCCGCCUGCGGGCGCCGUUACAGGCUGAGAUGUUUGAGUGGAAAGAACAGGCCAUGCAAGGAAGGAUCUAUUGACGUGAGAGUUGUUGAUUAUUGCACCAAAAGGCCAUGUCCUUCAACUAUUGUCUUGUCAAGUGAUGCCUUUGCUGAAAUAUCAAACUCUCAUAAUGCUAAAAUCAACAUCGAAUAUGUCCAGAUUUGACGAGAAAUAAAGUGAAGCUUAGGAAUAUGGAACACGCCAUGAUAAAAAGAAAAUUCAUCGCAAAUUUUCAACUUUGAUGUAAUUUAAACACCUUUUUGGGCAAACAUAUAUGAAGAGUUACUAGUUUUG